GUUAGGACGUCCGAAUUGUCCUAUCUUCUAUAGCCUUACAGCAUAAGUUUCUUUUGCAAUAUACAGGGUCAAAAAUACGUGAUCACAGGAUGAGAUACUCCUGCUCGGAACAGACCUAAACCGGUCAUAUGAGGGAGGAAAGAAUGGUGCGAGAAAGCGUCACAGGAACCACGGAUAUGGCGUUCGAGUCAUGGGAACCACGGAUAUGGCGUUCGAGUAUAGACUUCGCCACGGUCCUUGUGAACCAAAGCAGUCAUGGUCGACCUUGUACCGUAAGGUACAUCGGGCGAAGUCAGGAAGAAGAAGAAUAAAGAAACUUGGUGGUGGAACGUCGAUGUGGGAAAGCGAUCGACAGUUGUGCCUAAAAAUGGAACACGCUGCAAGAAAAUGUGUCAAGAAAGCGAAGAAGGCAUACGUAGAAGAGCUACAAAGAAAUUGGAAUUUUGUGAGGGAGAACGAGAUAUAUACCGAAUUAGCGCGAGCAAGGGCAGGCCACCCACCAGCUGACCCUGGGAAAGGACCAGCAGAGGAAGUAUGGCUUGCUACAAAGACAAACGGCAAGGCUUUUGGUCCAGAUGGCAUACCAAGCGAAAAAGAAUACGGAUGGUCCGAUGCCUCAUGGCUUGCAGACCUCUUCAAACAGGAGAAACGACUGCGCUGGUACAGGCAUGUGAGUAGAGGAGAUGAGAAACACGUCACAAGAGUGGCGAUGUCUCUGGAAGUUGCUGGAAAAAGACCACAGGGAAGGCCAACGAUGAGGUGGAUGGACAGAAUCAGCACUGCCUGA